CUUCUGUUCUGGCGUCGGGAUGUCUUUAGGAGUGGUACUUGUUUGGGGUCAAUUCUUCGGACUGUAUACCAGUUGUUUACGAUCAAUGAUUUAUUGUGUUUCAUGGAUAGAGGGGUCUGCAGUGUCAAUUGAUGGAAAUGAUUGGGGCUUGUGGUGGUUCAGAUGUCUGGAUUCUGUCGGGGGCGCUGAGACAGUGGCUGUCUUUAGUGCUACAGUGGAUGGAGUUAUGGCUGGGGAAUCAGAAUGGGGAGUCACAAUGAGAGCAACUUUGGGUUUAACAACCUAAGGUGGCUAUUGGUUGAUUACUG